AUGACAACACUCCAUUGUAUGGUAUCGGUGCCCCGCCAAUUUACGACUGGGAUGCUGUGGAACGCGUGCAAAAACAAGCGCCAAACCAAGCAUACCAACCUUUUACCCACUCCUGACAACAUUUCGCUGUACAAGAUCACACCAUGGUCAAAGGAGGAAUUCGAUGACUGGGAAGCUGUGAUCCUCAAGCAGCUGAGAGUAUAA